CUGUUCUAUAUCUCCAACGUUUGAGCAAAGUCAGUCAGCAUGUCCCAUGCUGCUCAUCUCCUCAGUUAUUCACUCCCCAACAUUUUCAUUACUUCUUCACAAGUUAUUCACUCCCCAACAUUCAUUUUCUUUACCUUAAGUCCUAAGCUAUAGAAAAGAUUUACUCCCUAACACUUUCAUUAAUUAUAUGCCGAAGUUCUUAGCUCUUAUCUCUUUGUUUUUAUUAACACACAAAAAAGAACUCCACAAAGUGAAGCAACCAUAAUGAAUCAGAGCUUGGAAUCGGAAGCUAUUGAAACUGGGGGCAGCAUGAAGAGGCAGUGUUCCCUGUCCUUUGACAUUAUCAGCAGUCUACCAAACUCUCUCCUUGGCCAUAUCCUCUCCUUUCUUCCAACCCGGGACUCUGUGGCAACAAGCGUUUUGUCCAGCAGGUGGAGGCCUCUCUGGACUCUCGUCCCAGUUCUUCACUUGGACCAGAGAGAACUUUGUAGAACACCUGAUCAGCCUUUUAGUUACGCGGAAAUAGUGUCCAGGAUCUUGAUUCUUCGCAAUACUGUUCUCAAUCCUACUCCCAUACACAAGUUGCGGAUCUAUUGGCUCAAAAAUUGUCUUCCACUCCAUGUCGACACAUGGAUCUGCGCCACUUUUUGGCAUGGUGUGCAAGAGCUUGAUCUCACCAUACAUAUUUCGAAUCGACUUUUGCAGCUGCCACAUAGUCUCUUCUUUUGUACAUCAUUAGUGGUUCUCAAAUUGAAAGGUGAAUUUCUUCUCAAUCCUCCUCCUGAAAUUCAAGGGCUCUCAAGUCUCAGGAUUCUGAAACUUGAAUGUGUUAGAUUUGCCAACCGCAACUCUCUCCUCAAACUCCUUGCUUCCUGCCCGGUCCUCCAAGAUUUCUUCCUCAAAGUGCAUGAUAAAGAUGUGACAAAUUUGGACAAAAAUGCUGGCAAGUUCAAUAUUGUUGUACUCAUACCUACGCUGAAAAACUUACAUCUACGUGUUCUGUGUUCAUCAUAUAAACUCCAUAUUAACGCCCCGGUACUCGAGUACUUUCAUUUCAAAGGUAAUUUGGACGAGGUUGUGUUGGAAAACCUUCCCAACUUGGUUAAAUCAGUCCUUCAUAUUGAGAUAGGACCUGAGAGUCUCAAAGGUAUAAGUUUUACAGAUUAUUUGAAGAGGGGAUGGGACUUCUUGGGACGGCUCUAUAAUGUUAACUCCAUGGAAUUGCGCAUAGUAAACGCAGAGACACUCUAUCGUGCUUCUAAUGAUGAUGUUCCCAUGUUUCAUAAUUUGUCAUCCUUGAAGUUGUAUGGUUUGAAUUGCCAUGAUUGGUAUACGUGGCAUGUGGUACGACUCUUGUUUUGUCGGGCUCCAAAACUACAAACAUUUGCCUUUGAAAUGAAAAAACAUCGUCAUUGUAGUUAUUUUGCAACUAGUUGUCGCUCAGAGCAGCCUUUGGAUAUUCCUGAAUCUCUAUCAUCACACCUUACAACUUGUCAUUAUAAAGGAUUUUUAGGGCAUAAGGAUGAGAUGGAACUUGUUAGACAAAUCUUGAAGGCGGCAAGAGUGUUAAAGACAAUGAUUAUUGUUGUUGACAAUAGUCUAAGCUCAGAGGAGAAGGAUCGUGUUUACAAGGAAUUAAGGGAGUUCCCAAGGAGCUCUCAGAUUUGUCAAAUGCAUUGCAUUUGACUAAGAACGUUUAUAUUUAUAAAUUCUCUUACUAAAUUAGUGACAAGCAAUAGUUUUAUGGGAAUGCCCAUUAUUUUUUGCAUCUUUCAUUUGAAACUUUAAUGGAUUCAAAAUUAGAAAUACUUGU